AUGGGCGCGGUGGGAGUGGAUGGAUUGAAACACUUCACCACCAAGACUGAUGUCGUCUCAGUGUUGCACUUCGUUUUCUCCCACACAAGCGAGUGGAGAUGGGAGAGUGUGCUCGUUGGGGUUUGCUUUAUCGGCUUGUUGUUUCUGAGCAAGUACGUGAAAGCAAAAGUUCCAAGAUUGUUUUGGGUGCCAGCUAUUGCUCCAUUGCUGGUGGUCGUAUUAGGAGGUGUUUUUGCUUAUCUUGUGCAUGGGGAGGAACAUGGAAUCCAUAUAGUUGGUCCCUUGAAGAAAGGGCUGAACCCUAUUUCCAUAACACAUUUGAAGUUUCACUCUGAAUACUUCAGUGUUCUUCUGAAAGCAGGCUUGGUUACUGGUUUCCUUGCACUAUCGGAAGGAAUAGCAGUCGGAAGGAGUCUGGCAAUGCUAAAAAAUGAACAAAUUGAUGGGAACAAAGAGAUGAUAGCCUUUGGGAUGAUGAACAUUGUUGGGUCUUGGUUUUCAUGCUAUCUGACAACUGGUCUUUUUUCCAAGUCAGCGGUCAACUUCGAUGCAGGAUGUAAGACUGCAAUGUCCAAUGUGAUCAUGUCGAUCUGCAUGAUGCUAGUUUUGUUGUUCUUAGCGCCUCUCUUCAAGUACACCCCGAUGGUGUCUUUAUCAGCAAUCAUCACUGUCGCCAUGAUUGGCUUGAUCGAGUAUGAAAAGGCUCAUCAUCUGUUCAAGGUGGACAAGUUUGACUUCGUCAUUUGCAUGGCUGCUUUCUUUGGCGUCAUAUUUUUCAGCAUGAUCAUUGGUCUUAUGGUUUCAGUGGGCUUGUCGGUGAUAAGAGCGCUCCUGUAUGUGGCAAGGCCAAACACUUGCAAGCUUGGGAACAUAGCAGGGACUGACAUGUAUCGUGACAUAGAGCAAUAUCCAGACUGUGUUGGCAUUCCCAACAUGCUCGUCUUAAAGAUGAGUUCACCUCUCUACUAUGCAAAUGCCAGCUAUUCCAGAGAGAGGUAAACAUAA